CUCUGAAACCAUUGAUUUAGUGGCUGUGAUGUAUAAAAGGUUGUUUAUUUUGAGGUGAAUUUGGCCGAGUUGUUGGAACGCGGAAAAAAAGACUGUGCAGAGGAAUUCCUGAGUCUUCCCUGUCAACAUCGUGGACUGCUUGCAUCGGACGGACCUCACACACUGAGGACAAGGGCGGACUGCUUGUUGCGAUCUCUCCUCAGUAUUUGUCGUUCACGAAUAACACGGGGCGUGUCGUGUCAGCCGAACAAGACUUGAAGACUUGUCCGAGGAAGCCUCAGUGUUGACAGCGGCACAUUUCCCGGCUGUUCCAAGGCUAGCUAUCGCCUCUGCCGAAAACAACGUAUCGUUCAGGCCCAGCCGGGUCUUUGCCGAACGCUUGCUCUAUCGUCGCCAGUCAUCCGCGAGCUGCCGAGCUGUGUGGACGUAUAACACGGCCAGCGCAGUGCAUUCACAGCUCAUCGACAAGCCAGCGCCUGUGCUACCAGCUGUGUCACUUUACAUUCACUCACUGCUGCUCCGCUGAACCACUGCGGGAAAGACUUUUGCUAGUAACAUUUGGGCUGAGCGAAGCAAAUUUUGUGGGAAAUUACACCGUAGCCAAUGGUUUCUUUCUGAACCCAGCUAUGCGAAUGGACAAUUUAGCCCAGCAAACCUCUCAGUGUGUCAAUAUAUGUAACCUAGGCUGAACAGACAGCCUAUACAUCUCAUCGACUGUGUCUAUUUGAGGACGACGACACAAGAUCAAUAUAUCUGCAUAUUUUACCUCCCCCCAAAAACAGCGUGCCGUUGUUGAAAGCGUGGACAUCGGCAGUUUCCCUGAAUGUUUGUGCAGGCCGGUUGCUGUAACGGGCUGAGUUAAGCGGCCUGGCUAGCCUGGCUAAAAGCCCGGGGAAGUGAACGUCGAACCGACCGGAGAGAGCUCAUAUAUCGAGCUAAAGGCCUAAAAGUGUCGACUCAACCGCCUGUGAAAUUUGACAGAAAGGUGAGGAGGGCUUUGUGGACUGCCUGUAUCCUGCCCAGGCCUUUUGGUAUUCUGAUACAUUGUGGACCGCCUUCGUGUUCAUGUAUACUGCAGAGCGUCUUCAUACGGAACAGUGACUUUAGGAUUUACCGUUGAUUGCACGUCUUUUGCGUGCACAACUUUACAGUGGACAGAUAAGGGAAACCGGGAAGUGUUUUUCCCCUCUUCUGUCAAAACGUUUUUGUUUUUAAAGAGAGUGGCAGGCAUUAGCCUGAAAACUGCACUUUCUACAGGUUUAGGUCUCUUUACACGAGACCCCUAUAAAUUGUGACAAUAUCUACAAAAUUACAAAUUCUGGAAAACGAAAGAAGAUAACUUUCCCAUUGAAAAACCGAUCUCAAUUAUCUGCUCGACGAGGCAAGAACAAGGCCUCUUCAGAUAAGGACUGCUCACUGCACAAACGACUUCUCCAAUUAAAGGUUCAGCCGGCGUGAAGUCGAGUCCGUGUUCGGAUUUUUUCUUCACGCUCCAGAUUACCAUCUACACGAACUGCCUAAAGGGGGACUUACUGACAUCUGUGAGCAGAAUAAACGGACGAACUUAUUAAUUAGUGAAAACGGACUUUUACAGGAAGAAAAGUGGACGUACAGCUAUGGGCGCAAUCCUCGACCAAGGCCGCCAGAUGGGACUAAGCCGACCGGAUUUUCCCUUGCCGUUUCAUGUCAGAGACUUUAAGAUCCUGGGCUUACUGUGCGUCCUUCUCGGGUGCGUGUUUUCCCCGGUUAUGGCCGAACAGCCUGCCUGUAUCGUCAAGGGCCAUCUGUAUACGCAGCUACCGUGGUACGGCUAUCUAGUCCAGAAGACGUUCCGAACAGAGAUGGCUAAGAUUCAAUACCAGCUUUCGUUCCCGUUAAAGGAAUGCUGUCUUAAUUUAUUGAUAUAUUACGACGACCAGCUUCGGCAUCUGAAGGAGGGGAUGACCUGUCAUGAACGGGAGGCUAUUCUCCCCCCACAAAAUAAUCAGAUUAUUCCCUUGUCAUUGUCGAACAAAACCAAAGGCUGUGUGUUGAGGAACGACACGGAGGAACCGAUCGUCAUCUGCGUUGGAGAACGAACGUUCGCCUCCAGCGGACCGAGGACGUGGUAUUUCGCCGUCAGCAAAUGCAAUAAGCAGACUCCUACCAGUUUGUGGUAUUACUUCAAUAUUAGUGGGUAUUAUGGUGAGUGCGAAGCAGACCCAUUGGCUAAGACCUACAUCCCGCCUCCCCAGGAACAGGAUAAAUACAUGUACGUAGCCGUGGCGUUGGGCAUUGUGGCCGGUCUGGCGUUUGUGCUAGCGAUUAUAUUCUUCGGGUUAUGGGUAAUGGGGCGACGCCAGAAGGAUACUAAGACGCAGAAGGGCAAUGGCAAUGAUUCCGUGACAUCAAGCCAAGCCACGAUGACGCAGGACAUCUUUUACGUUAACCCCUCGAUAUCUGAUCGUGACACGAGUGAUUACAGUCGGUCCAGUUCGGAGAAUUACUACGAGGUUAUUCCGGAGGGGCGGAGUUAUGACAGUGCUGAACAACAGCACAGGUUGACCGUACCGCAUAACGGUGCGCCGCCCCAUAGUCCCCGGCAUAUGACAGUGUCUAGCAUGCCCAAAGAAUAUAGACAAUAUCAUCACCCUCCAAUGGUGGACGACUACCCACCGCCACCGUACCCCAUGCACGCAAUUGGAAAAGGUGUGUAUCCUUCCGCACAUACUAUGGCAACGAGUAGUCACCGACAUCCGCCUCAUCACCACCACGGUCACAAUCACCAUCCGCAUCACCAUGCUAUGGAAACAAGUGCGUGAGUGUCAUCAGUCGCCACAGGAAAAAAGACUGUGUUCUCGCACAAAAAAAGAGACGCUCAGAAAUGAUAGUUUUACCGCCUUGGACUGUUGUCGAGAGAAAAUGAGAUUUCGCUUUCAAGAGUUUUAAAAUUAAGUGACUAUAGUGGCAUUUGUUAUAUACAUGAACAUGAAAGAACAUUCUACUUGCCAAUAUACCUUCCAUUGUGAUCAAGUAUUUAACAUUAUUGUGACUUUGAUAAUCAAAUCAUUUGUUAGUGACUCGACGAAAGACGAUUAACACUCGUUUGUACAUAUUCAACUUGUGAAUGUGACGGCAGGUCGUGCCAAACACUGAACUCGCUAUUUGUGUCUUGUUGCCAAUAUUUUACGGUGUGUUAGUAAAGUCCUCGAAAGUCUGUCUUCAGAACAACAUUUUUGUUUGCGAUGUUAUUCAAGGUAGGCCUGCCAAAAAAGCUACUGCAUAUAUUGUGUGGAUUCAUAAGAAACAAGACCAGAAAGUGUGGUCAUGACUAGGGUAAAGGUGGAGUUUUGUCUCACCUAGACAAGGAUUUCUCCCUCUUGAUUAAUUCAGCCGCUUUUCUGCUGUGACAAGAUUACGGAGAAUCUGAUCUAUUCAGAUCUUCGUCGCCAGUGCGCCCCCUGGCGAGGAUGCUUGGAAAUCUUCUUCAUUCACAGAGAUAUUCUACGUAAUGAUGGCAGUUGCCCGCAGGGGGCUUGAGACAUAUCGGGGAAAUGGGUGUUCCAGAUCACGUUUCCAUUCAACCAGCUGGACGAAGGGAGCCGAAGCAAAAUUAAACGACGGUGAAGUUUUUCAUAAGUCGCCCUCCGGAUUUAUGGAACCCGGCUAAAUGCGUAACUUCAUCUCGGACUCAGCUGCGGGCAAUCUUCCAUCAAUUAUACCUCGCUGUCGCCACGGUGACACGCGAGAGGCCAUGCGCAUGUGUGCACCACCGGAUGUGGCCGGUGAAAAACGCCACAUCAAAGGUCUCGACGUUACUCAGAACGGGCUGAAAUUUCAGUGGGGAUUUUUAUGUGUAAUUAUUUUCCAGGCUGAAGCUUAAAAGCCCGGCUCGAUGACAGACUCCGGGGUAAAUCUGCUUGCCGGCAAAAGCCCUGUCGAAAGUUGUGUGUCAGGAAAAUUACUCUGUGCAAAAGGACCGCCAGAUAUCACAGCGGACAAGCCUGGAUCAUAAACACUUGUCACUCGUGACAGAGAAUCGUGAGAGAAACAUAUUGAAGUUAAGUCAAACAGGUGACGCAUUGUGCUUAUUUCUCCAAACCACCCCUCAAACAGGAGAUUCGAUCUUUUCCUAUAUUGUAUUCGCAAUUUUGGACGUCUACUCCUUCACAUUGUUUGCACAAAUCUUUAUCAAAUUAAAUGUGAAUCACGAUGUUUGUUUUGACUAAUUUAUGAUUAUUUCGUCUUGCUGUUGAAAAUCACAAAUGCGUGCAUGUCAUCGGGUUGACAGUUGAUUGUCUUGAAAGGGUUACGCGUGACACGUUACAUUUUACAUCCUGUGUGGUAGAGGAGCAAUUCUACUUUUGUUGAAGAUAGAUUGAAUCUAAGUAAAGCAGAUUCUCGGAUGUGCGUGUACUUGCAAUUUGCAGGUCAUGCUUUAUCAUAAUUCCUCAACAAUCUACCGACAUAUUUUAAUGUAUUCCUCGUACCACAUUUUCUACUCACUUUUCAGAUCGAAAGUAUACACAGGUUGCAAUAUGCCCUUUUCUUGUUCAUUUCCAUUUUUAGAUUAAGUUCAGCAAAACUGAAAGUAAAAAUUUUAUUUCUUCACAACAGUUCAAAACAGCAUCUCUUUGUGAUUCCAUUUCAAGUGUCAACGUGGUAAUUGCUACAACCUGACGGCUCAUUUUGUCUCAGUGCUACUGCAGAAAACGAUCUCGUAAGUCGUGCUGUUCGUUAUAUAGGACGUAUUGUGCGAAUAGUGGAAGCCCCUGCCUCAGAAUAUUUUAACAUAAGCAGAAUAUUACGUAUCGACAACCUCCGUCUCAAACACUUUUGGUUUCAUUAGUGACUUCCAAAGAUGAAAACACUUAUAUAGACUCCAAUUUACACACGUGUUUCACGUAAGACAUAUGUUUUGAACACUAGUUUCUCUGACGAUGCACGAUUUGACUAUUCUACUGAAAAACAUACAAAAAACGUUCGUGCUUUUCAAAUCUGAUUAUUUAUAUGCGGAAUCAUGAAACCUGGAAUUAUUAAUUUUUUUUUUUUUUUUUUUUUUUGCUAUUUGAACUCAUUGGAUGCAUGCAUGAUUAUGGUUGAUUCACACAAUAUUGUAUGGGCCGUAAAACAUGGCAGAUUUGAUCGUUCAUUUUUCCAUUGAACCAAUUAUGCUCUACUUGGACACUGACUGUUUUGUUAUUUAUUCUGUUAUUUUAUGUUUGUCCUC